AUGUCAACAAACACAUUCACCCCGGCAUUGAACAUGGCACAUUACUCCCUUGAUGACCAGUAUGAAGGCUGCCUGUCAAGCAUGCGGAGUCACCUGACCUCCCUCAUUCGAAGCGAGCUGAAAGCAUCUGAGUUGUAUCGUGAAGCUUGGGAAAAUGCCCUGUUUAACUGGCAGGCCAACCAGUCCUGGCUUUACCCUCAGAAUAUGAAAGAACUCUUUGAGGUGGCUAUCUGGGCAUACACAUUUGAAAUCCCUCCACUCUACAGGGAGUUCAAUGCUGCCACCCGGACAGCAGGAAAAGGGCCUAAGGAAUAUGAGGCCUACCCUUUCAAGUCCCUGCAUUUCCUUUUAACCCGAGCAUCCAUGACACUCCAUUCGGAGGAUCUCAAAUGCAUUGAGGUCUACAGAGGUGCCAAUGUGGAGUUUUCAGUCAAUAACCUCUUCCGGUUCGGGCAGUUCACUUCCACCUCAGAGAACCUGGAAGAGGCCGAGAAGUUUGAGACAGUAACUUUCUUCAAGUUGUUCACCUGCAAGGGGAUCGAUAUCAGUGAGAUGUCCUUUUAUCAAGAGGAAGAGGAAGUGUUAGUCCCUCCCUAUGAGAUAUUCAAGGUCACCUCAGUUGAAGACACAUCAAACGGCAAGACCGUAAAAGCCAAGUCAGUGGGGACUUGCAGCUACCACAACUGUGCUUUUGUGGGGGAAGGUAACACAAUGGAAGUUAUUACACCUUACAUUUUCUAA